AUGUCCGGAAUAUCCGACCCAGACUCACCCACCCGAGCAGAUGAACCAUCCAGUAAAUUUGAACCCCGCCAUCGUCACCAGGCAGAUCUAGUUAUCCAGGAGUUCAAGAGACUGCUGCAUAGAUAUGAUGGGGAUGCAUUCCCAGCUGACCUAUCCGAUGGAUCAAACUCUACUACCGAUAGUUCUCCAGCGGCCACCUGGUUAAAUAAUGAAGAAGUCGACGAGCAACAACUCAAUACGCUCUUAUUGUCACUAGAUGAAGAAGGCUUGCAGAAAGACCCGGGAACAAAACUAGAACUUAUCUUCGAGAUUCCCUCUAAAAUCGACCACACCUUUACUCAAAUCAAAUCUUCUAGCCAGCUCAUCUGUCCAGAACCAUUAUCAACUUCAAACCGAGCCGAAAAUCAAACACUGAAACAAUCUAAAUCAUACAGACUCGAUCAUUUGAGCAAGAAUUUCCACAAAAUGGCGCGUCAAAUAUGCAGAGUAUUCCAUAUGACAUGUGAACAAUUGGAAGGAAUGAGACUAGCAACGAGCGAUGAAUUUACUGAGGAUUAUGAACCGGAUCAUACGUUCAGAACGUUUUUUCUCGAGCAAGCCAGGACCCAAACAAGCAAUCUAAUCCAAUCCACCCUUGUCUUUUGCAAAGGAUCCAAACUAGAUUUGGCGCAAGAUCAAUGGAAAGAUAUGGUCCAACAAGCGCUGAAUUUAUGUCUUGAAGAAGCCAUCAGUGUGAACGCCAGAGCAGCCCGUUUGACGCGCAACUAUUGA